GCCUAUAUAAGUUCAAUGGUCAGUGGUUACUGGUCAUUUAACGUUUGUAUCUAUAUCAAACAUUUAUGUGAGACGAAUGUGGUACAUAUUACAAAAAGGGAUUUACAAAAAAUUUUAUUGCUAAGGGCAUUUGUUAUUGUUAAACGUUUUAGUUGAUCUGCAACAUCCAAAAAUCUACUCUGGAAAUCAUUUUUAGAGUACAAAAAUGAAUAUUUUUGCAACCACUUUUACAUUAAUAGUGCUAGGUACUUCUUACAUCGAGGCGUCUCCAACAUUUAGCAAUACUUACACAGUAAAGGGAACCUUAUACAUUCCAUAUGCUGAAAUCAGAGAACCAUUUUAUGCAUGGUAUGAUGGCAAAGAUGGAUCUAGUAGAAUUGAUUACUAUGGAGGAAUGGUGAAGACUUUUCAAUUAGCACAUAAAGGAUCAUAUGGAAAAAGCUUAAAAAUUGCUCCAAUAACUACAGAAUCUGUUAUUAAUGAAGAAACAUGCCUUGAAGUAAAUGGUACUAAAGAAUUUAAAAUUCAACCUCAAACUAUUAUUCCAGAUACGACUGGAAUGGAGUGUAUUGGAGAAGAAAUGGUUAAUGGUUUAUUAUGUGAGAAAUGGAGACUGGAACAACAAGUUGAUGAAAAAUUGAACAAGUAUACCCUUUGGAUAAGAUAUAAGAAAUCUCCACAUGUACCUAAUUAUAAAGAACCAAUUCCUGUUAGAUAUGAAAUGAGAGGAUUUAACAGCCUUUUGGGCUCUCACUAUGAUCAUUAUUACUUAGAUUAUGAUUGGUAUUCUUCUGAAACACCUAGCUCAGAAGUGUUUGAAAUCGCAACAAACAUGACAUGCAUUAGUUUCCCUGGACCUGGAGACAAACAUAUAUACACAUUUAAUCCUAUGCGUGAAUUUAUUCACAAUUAUGAUACUCAUGUAAAUGAAGCAUUUGAAGAUUUCAAAAAGACUCAUAGCAAGGAAUAUACAGACCAUGUAGAUCAAUUAAUACGUAAAGAAAUAUUUAGACAAAAUGUAAGAUUUAUUCAUUCGACUAACCGAGCUGUUAAAAGCUAUCAGUUAGGCGUUAACCAUUUGGCAGAUCGUACUGAGUUAGAAUUGAAAGCUUUACGUGGCAAACAAUAUACUGCAGGUUACAAUGGAGGACAAUCUUUUCCAUACAAUGCUGAAGAAGAAGUAACCAAAGUUCCAGAUAGUUUAGAUUGGAGACUCUAUGGUGCUGUUACUCCCGUUAAAGAUCAGUCUGUUUGUGGAUCUUGCUGGAGCUUUGGCACAACUGGUGCUGUUGAAGGCGCGUACUAUAUGAAGUAUGGUAAAUUAGUACGUUUGUCUCAACAGGCACUUAUUGAUUGUUCAUGGGGCUUCGGAAACAAUGGCUGUGAUGGUGGUGAAGAUUUUAGAUCGUAUCAGUGGAUUAUGAAGCAUGGAGGUUUACCUACUGAAGACGAUUAUGGUGGUUACCUUGGUCAAGAUGGUUAUUGUCACAUAGAUAAUACUACACUAACAGCCAAAAUUACAGGCUUUGUAAAUGUUACACCAGGCGAUCCUAAUGCUUUAAAAGUUGCUAUUGCGAAACAUGGUCCAAUUUCAGUUGCAAUUGACGCGUCUCAUAAAACAUUUUCAUUUUAUUCUCAUGGUGUAUAUUAUGAUCCGGUUUGUGGUAACACGGAAGAGAGUCUAGAUCAUGCAGUUUUAGCUGUAGGUUAUGGCACAUUAAAUGGAAAAGAUUAUUGGUUGGUUAAAAAUUCAUGGUCAAAUUACUGGGGUAAUGAUGGUUAUAUUCUUAUGUCUCAGGAAAAAAAUAAUUGUGGUGUAUUAACAGCUCCAACAUACGUUACUAUGUAAAAAAAGAAUAAAUAAUACUAUAUUCAUGUUUUUAAUAGAAAUAUAUAGGAAAAAAGGCUGUUGAAAAUCGAAGAUAUACAUAUUUCUUUUUUAAGAAAUGAUACUCUUUAAUCAUAGAUAUAUAAUCUAUGUAAAAAAAAAUUGUUGAAAUUGUAUUUGAUGGGUUAAAUAAAUAAUACAUAAUUAUAAAACUUAUGAAAAUUAGCACUGUGUAAACAUAAACAAAAUGACUUUUAUUGAAAAUUUUUAGUAUUUAAAAGUGGUCUUAUAAUUUUUGUUUCCUUUGUUAUUGUUACUAAAAAUAUUUGUAUAACAAAAAUGCCAUAAGUUUUCGACUAAAAUCUAUACAAUAUAAAAACAAAUUAUAUAGCAAUUGCGAUUUGCUGAUUCACAAAGCAAUAUCAUUUACUCAGUAUAAAAAGCAUAAAUGAAUAUAAAUUGCUACGCAAUUAAACAAUGUCACGUUCUUAUUUUAACACAGAAAAUAGGCAUUGUUAUACAUGGAUAACUCUAUAACAUUGAUAUUAAACUGUUGCUUAUGUUGGAAAGCCUGGAAUUAUAAUAACAAUUACUUAUAAAAAUAUAUGUAAUUUCAGUAGGCACAGUUUGCGUAAUACAAUUUUUUAAAUCGUUAUAAAAUCAUACAGAUACUGAAAAAGUUAUACAUUUAACUGUGCGUUCAAUAUAACUAAAAAGAAUGUUACAUAAAUCAAAAUGAAAGUAUUCGAAAUA